CAAGACGGGACAUCAAUGACGAUAUCAAGUUGUCGAGAUAAGGGGGCUACAUAAUACUACCUGCUAUCAUGAUUCAGACAGGCCAGAACACGAUACCUUGCGCAGGACUGUCACACACACAACACACAAUACUAGAACAACAUGGUGAAACUCAACAUGUUUGGGACAGGUUUUGCCCUUCAGGCUGCCAUCUGGUCAGCUUGCGGGAUGGCCUUCAUUCUCUUCGGUUACGACCAGGGUGUCUUCUCCGGGAUUGUGGAGAACGACGAUUUCCUCGACACGAUGAAUCACCCUAAUGACAGUCUCACCGGCAUCAUUGUCUCCAUUUACAACCUGGGCUGCUUUACAGGGUGUAUUAUCAACUUCAUGCUGGCAGACUGGCUGGGGAGACGCCGAGCAAUGUGGUUUGCUAUGGUCUGGGUCAUCAUUGGCGCUAUCUUGCAAUGCUCUGCGUUCUCGGUCCCGCACCUCAUGAUCGGUCGCUUUGUCACAGGUAUCGGCACGGGAAUUGAGACGUCAACGGUGCCCAUGUACCAAGCCGAGCUCUGUGAGGCAAGCAAGCGCGGAAGGCUUGUCUGUAGCGAGCCGCUUCUAGUGGGCGUUGGGAUUGUCAUUAGUUACUUCUUCGACUAUGGCAUGGGUUUCGUGGGCGGGCAUAUCGCUUGGAGGCUGCCUAUAGCAUGCCAGAUGAUCUUUGCGUUUGUGGUUGUCGUUCUCGUUUUCGGGUUGCCCGAGUCUCCCAGAUAUUGCUACAAGGAAGGUCGUCAUGAGGAAGGUCUGCAGAUUCUCAGUGACGUCUACGGUCGUCCCAAAAAUGACCCGAAAAUCUUGGCCGAACAGGAGGACAUCCUCGAAGCCAUUGCCGUGGAGACACAGCACGGCGAAUUUCAGUGGAGAAACAUAUUCAAACAUGAUGGAGUCUCAACGGGCCAUCGAGUUCUUCUUGCUUACGGAAUGCAAUUCAUGAACCAAGUUGGCGGCAUUAAUCUCGUCGUCUACUUCAUCCCCACGGUCCUCAACAGCAACGUCGGUCUCAGCAAGAACCUGUCCAUGAUUCUUGGAGGCUGCGUCCAGAUAAUGUUCGUCGUGGGCAGUAUAUUCCCAACAUUCUUCGUUGACCGGGUCGGUCGCCGGGCGCCCAUGAUCUGGGGCUCCUUUGGCCUGGGACUCUGCAUGAUGAUGGUGUCCAUCCUGCUCAGUUUCAAGGGCCACGCCAACGAACACGCCACUUCCUCGGCCGCAGUGGCAAUCUUCUUCCUCUACAUGCUCAUCUUUGGGGCCUCGGUUAAUUGCAUCCCAUGGUGCUAUGUCCCUGAGAUCUUGCCUCUCCAUGCGCGCGCGAAGGGGACGGCUAUCGGCAUUUCGUCCAACUGGAUCUGGAACUUCUUCGUCGUCAUGAUCACGCCGAUCAUCAUCAAUCGCCUGCAGUGGAAGGCCUACCUCAUCUUCAUGUGUACGAAUCUGGCGUUUGUCCCGCUGAUCUACUUCUGCUAUCCCGAGACGGCGAAUCUUACACUCGAGGAGAUUGACUAUUUGUUCACCAUCCCGGAAAAGAGUGCAGUGCAAGCAUCUAAAGAGCUCGUGAAGCAGAGGAAGAGACACGGCGUCGUCCCAUCCCAAGUCGUUGUCUCGCAGGUAAGCGAGGCUGUCCAGCCCAGCAAAGAGAAGGGCAAAGAAAGUAUCACGUCCAGGAUAUCUGAUGAGCAUGCUGAAGAUGCAUGAGAAAGUGGAAGAAGAGGAGCGUCGAGGGCACACUAUGCCAGGAUUCUUGCAUCCUUCAUCAAGUGCAACAGCGCUACUCCCUACAUCGGUGCUGCUUUACUAGCUAUGUGCUUGCGACUAGGAUCAUCGCCCUUCAAGCCACUAUCACUGGUAGAAACCGCAGAUGCGGUGACAUUGGGCUACGAAGAAAUGUUCAGG